AAGAGAGUUGGUUCGUGAUCUGUUCGUGCGUGCGUGCGUGCGUGAGACUCUAAAGUGUGUUCUCUGGUGGUGGGAGCACACCUACACACCUGGCCAACGUUGUCAGUUUUCCACCUGGUGCUUUUCUUGCUGCCGCUGCCGCCUGCCCUGGCCGUGUGUGUUAUGCUGUGUUGGCAACCACACGCACGACGAGACGGUGAAAAGUGUAAACUCUCGGCUCUCGGUGGAGUAAAAGACGUUUUUGAUCCGAGUCCCCGUGGCCGGCCUGCCUGUGGUGGCAAAAGUGUCCUUUUCUUUUCCCGUGCGCCUACUGCGUGUUCCGGUUCCUCCGGUGGUGGUGUGCACGCGUAAAGUGUUUUGAUCGAAAAAUAAAAACGCAAGGCUUCCUGUGGUUCGUGGCGUUCUCUGGAACAAGUUCGAACACGAGUAUUAGAACGAGAAACAACAGCAGAGGGGGAGAAAGGGCAGAUUACUUUGUGGGAAAAUCCUGUGUGCCAUUCGGUGUGUGUUUCUCUGCGCCUGGUGCCUUCUUUUCUACUUCACUCGCCGCAAUCGAACUCUGUCCGUGACGACGACGGUGGUGCUGUGAGACCGUGUGUUGCGUGUGUUUGUGCACCUGUAAGUGUGUUUGGUUUGUCUGUGUCUGUGUGCGGUGUGGUGGUGUGUUACGCAGGAUCUAGUACGAGGUCCGUGGCCAGGCCAUCACUUUGGUGAUAGUAGUGGAUGCAGAUGCAAAAGAGCUGACACGCAACACGGAGCGGAAGCAGGAGUGGUGACGGUGGCGGCCACGGUAGUGUGGUGUGGCGUAUCACUAGACGUCCCCUUGCCCCCCCACCACACCCGGAGAGUGUUUCUCGUGGCAACAGCAGCGUGCCUGCUCUUCUACUCGUCUCUGCGUGUGCUGCGUCGUCGCUGAUCGUCUCGCUAAAUGAAUGUCCCCGGAAAGGACCGCGUCACCUGACGACGACGAUACGACCAGUGAGGAUAGCCGCCUGAACAGUGAUCACCUGAUCGAGGACGAAACGGCCCUUGGUGAGGAGCACCUGGUCGAGGAGGACGAGCAGGAGGUGGUGGAGGAGGAAGAGGAAGAAGGAUCGAACGCGGGUGGCAGCGCAUCGGCAAUCAUCGGUGGUCACGUGACGGUCGAAACAUCAUCACCAGUCGGUAGUCCAGUGGUUCAACACCACGACCACCACCACCACCAACAGAGCGGUGUGGUGGAACAGGAAGAGGAGGAGGUAGAGGUGUGUGAGGCGGAAGACACGUUCUAUCAGCAUCAGCACCAGCAGCAGGAACAGCAGCAGCAGCCCGGUGGCAAAAGCCCCAUGACCGAGGGUGCGACAGACCGGGGGUUCGAUACCACGCCGGCCCAGAUCGCAGGACAGACGCAGUCGGUCAAGAAGGCACACGGUCUCGGCUCCAGCAUGGUACUAUCGACGAUACCGUUGGAUGCUACCAACAGCCAACAACAUCAACUGAUAAUCCAACCACACACUACUAGCAGCACCUGGCAGCAGCAGCAGCAAUCACAGCACCACCACCAUACGCUCAACAACAACAACACGAGCUUCAAGAACCACAACAACAGUCCAGUGACUGCCGGGAUUGUGGCCGGUAAUAAGAACAUUCUUAUCAGUAGCGGUGGUGGUAACGGUGGCAACAACAAUAGCAACGUCCAUCAUCAGCUGCUGCAUCAACAUCACCCUCACACGACGACCUACACCUUCAAUCUCUCCUCGGGAGCUGGUGCUAGUAGCAGCAGCAACGGAUCAUCACCGUCCAGCAGCAGCAGUACCACCACCACCACCAACACUACAAGUGGCCAUCAUCAGCAGCACCAGCUUCACCAUCAUCAUCAUCAUCAUCAUCCACACCAUCAUCACACGUCGCCCAGUAACGGUACGACGAGUAUGUCUGCUGGAGCUGCCAUCGCACCGGCCACUGCUCCGACGGUGGUGCCAUCGCCUGGAUCACCAAACCCGAACGGUGCUGGGCCGGGCCUAAUCGUGCUCGAAAGGAACGGCUCGAUGGCAGGUGGCAACGCCACCAGUAACUCCAUUACAACGCCACCUCCCGGUUCUAAGCUAGUGCUGGUGCACUCCGCUGGAGGACGCGAAGAUUAUAUCACCACUACAUCGGCGGCGACGGCAUCGGCGGAUGCGCUCGGGGGCGUCAGUAACAUCGUGCUGCUCGCGACCGAGGCGAUGGACAUCGUGGAGCAUGACAUUAUCAACAACAAUGUCGCGAACGGUGGACAGAUCCGUUCUCAUCAUGCUCACCAACACCACCAGCAGCAGCAGCAACUGCUGCAUCCGAUUUCCGGCUCGUCGCCUGCUUCGACGACGUCUUCUGCCGCCGGUGUUACCAGUAGCAACACCACUACGCCGGUGACGGCCGCCACGGCUGCAGCAACGACCGGUGACGAGGAGCUCACAUCACUGACCUGGCUGCAGGAUAAGAAUCUGCUAAAAGUUGCAGGUAUCAAUCUAUCCAAAGUGCC